CCAGAACCCUCCCUCCCCGAAUUUCUCUCCUCCUCUCUGGCUCUGUCUCUGUGUGUCGUGGUCUGCGAACUCUGGGCUGCCUCUCUCUUCCGCCGUAACGCUAACUCGCAGUUCGCUCGCUGGAGCUUCUUUGGGUCGUGGCCACCGUCGGAAGCGUAUUCUCGUUCUGCCCAUAAUUUAUUGAGAUGACAUAGAUAUAAGUCCUGAGCCAAAGCUGCUAUAGAGCCUGAGCUUGAGGAUUUUGGCUUAGUGCGUGAGUCUAAUGGAAUUGUUCUCGAGUUUUGUUUCAUUUAAUUGAGUCCUCGAGCUUGGCUUGCAAAGCUUGACUCAAGCUCGACCGAGUUUGAGCUGAUCAACACAUGAGCCGAGCUGACUUGAAGCAGGCCAAACUUGAGCGUGACUCAGCUUGUGUGCAGCCCCUAAUUGUGACCUCUUGCCUCAAGUGUUUGCAAGGGUAAAAGUUCCUUCUGUAGGCCUUCACGUCAGACUUCAGAGUGUUACAUUGUUGGGAAGGAACGCUGGAGAAGACUUCCUUUGAAGGGUUGAGGGUUACUGCUAGUCGGACAAUGGGUGGAGGAGGAAGGGGAGAGCAGGAAGCCAUUGUUGAUGUUGGUAGUGCUGCUGAGGCCAUUGCCUCUGGUGAGGAAACUGACACCCCCUUGCACCAGAUUGAGAGCCUCUGCAUGCGUUGUGGGGAAAAUGGGAUAACCAGGAUUCUGCUUACCCGAAUUCCUCAUUUUAGAGAGGUUGUUUUGAUGGCCUUCGAAUGUGCAAACUGUAAUGAGAGGAACAGUGAAGUUCAGUUUGCUGGUGUCAUCCAGCCCCAAGGGUGCCGCUAUCAAUUGAAGGUUGCGGCAGGUGAACCGAAGAUAUUAGAUCGUCAGGUGGUGAAAUCAGAUUCUGCAUCUAUCAGGAUACCAGAGCUGGACUUUGAGAUUCCACCAGAAGCACAACGUGGCACCCUUUCAACCGUGGAAGGGAUUCUUUUACGGGCCAUCAAUGAAUUAGAGGCUCUUCAGGAUGAGCGAAAAAAAGUUGAUCCAGAAACAGCUGAAGCCUUAGAUAUGUUCUUGACAAAAUUGAAGUCCUUGGCUGCAGGGGAAGGAUCUUUCACAUUCAUACUUGAUGAUCCAGCUGGCAAUAGCUUCAUUGAGAACCCCUGUGCACCUUCAGCAGAUCCAUUGUUAACCAUUACAUUUUACGAUCGUACACCUGAACAGCAGGCAUCACUGGGUUUUCUUGUCGAUUCAUCCUCCUCUGGCAAUACUGAAUCAUCUGGGAGUGAAGUUUUACCUGAGAAAAGCAGAUAUGUCCCUGCUGGAACAAAGAGAGAACCACAUGGUUCAAUUGGAGCUACUGCAGGCCAUCGAGCUAUUGCACAGGGUACCAGUGAGGAAGUUGCUGCAGCCUUGUUUAAGUAUUCUGCUCCGGAGGAGGUGAUGGCAUUUCCUUCGACAUGUGGAGCUUGUGCAAGUAGAUGUGAAACACGCAUGUAUGUAACAAAAAUCCCAUACUUCCAAGAAGUCAUUGUGAUGGCAUCUACUUGCGACACUUGUGGCUACCGCAAUUCUGAGUUAAAGCCAGGUGGUGCAAUUCCAGAUAGAGGGAAGAGAAUCACUGUACGCAUACAGAAUGCAGCUGAUGUCUGCAGAGAUGUUAUAAAGUCAGAUACGGCAAGUGUUAGAGUUCCGGAGGUUGACUUGGAGCUUGCAAGUGGGACGUUGGGUGGGCUUGUGACAACAGUUGAAGGCCUAUUGACCAAAAUCCAAGGAAAUCUGGAGAGGGUGCAUGGGUUCACAUUGGGAGAUAGCAUUGACGAGGGAAAAAAAAACAAAUGGCAAGAAUUCAAUGCUAGACUAAAUAAGCUUUUGAAAGUUGAGGAACCAUGGACGCUGAUAAUUGAUGAUGCAUUGGCAAAUUCCUUUGUUGCACCAGCUACUGAACUGAUUGAGGAUGAUCAUCAGUUGACAUUUGAAGAAUAUGAAAGGUCAUGGGAGCAAAAUGAGGAGUUGGGUCUUAAUGACAUGGAUACAGCGUCUGCAGAUGCUGCCUAUGAUGCCUAGAUCACGGUUGGCUGUCAUUUGUAAUGGUUGUGUUUGUUAAUGAAAUUGAUCGCCUUGAUGCCCUCUAUUUAAGCUCGAGCUGGGAAGAAAGUUCUUGAGUGGAUCCAUGCAGAUGUCAACGCCACCCAAGCACUUGAGAAACUUGACUUCCUUGUGAUCAUUUGUUGCUGUCGUUCCUUGCAUGUUGUGGAUCCCAUUUUCAAGGUUGACAGAUUCAGCUGGAGGGUACAGAACUGCCAUGUUCCAAAGUGGAUCUAUUCUAGCCGUCCUAAUUUUGUUGACUGGGCUGCUGCUGGAUAGAAAAUUUGGGUGGUUCCCAGUAUAGUCAUGGCCACGUUUCAGGUUUACCAUUUAGUAGUUGUGGCUUUGUGGUUUUUUUCCCUGUGGAAAACUGUAGCGAUAGUACAAUGCUUCUAUUGAAAGUUGAACUUUGUGUGGUUUUCAAUUUAAUUCUUAUUACAGGUAUUCCGGAUAAAUGGCAUCAUGAGGAUGACUGUUUAAAGUUCGACGUUAAUGAAUAAUAAUCUGGAAUAUGAAUAGGACUUUUUGUUUUC